AUGGCAGCCACUCUCUGUCAAGUAAUGGGCUUGCUUUUGAGUUUGUUAGGGGUGGCGGGAAUAAUCGCAGCGACGGGGAUGGACCAGUGGGCAACCGAAGACCUCUUUGAUAACCCUGUGACGGCCAUUUUCUCCUACUCAGGCCUGUGGAAUUCAUGCGUCCGCCAGAGCUCCGGCUUCACAGAGUGCCGACCGUAUUUCACCAUUCUGGGACUUCCAGCUCUGCUCCAAGCAGUGCGGGCCCUGAUGAUUGUUGGUAUUGUUCUCGGAGCCAUCGGCUGCCUGAUCGCCAUCUUUUCAAUGAAGUGCUUGAAAAUGGGGAACAUGGAGGACAACAUCAAAGCCACAAUGACUCUGACUUCUGGAAUCAUGUUUCUUCUUGCAGGCGUGUGUGGCAUUGCUGGGGUGUCGGCCUUUGCUAACUUGAUUGUGCAAAGUUUUCGGUUCACAACCUUCGCCGAUGGUGGGUUCAGCUCUUUUGGAGGAGCGGGUAUUGGUGGACUCUCAGGAAAUCUGACUCCAAGGUACACUUUUGGCCCUGCUCUUUUCGUGGGCUGGAUCGGUGGAGCUAUCUUGGUUGUUGGAGGCGUCAUGAUGUGUCUGGCCUGCCGUGGAAUGACUCCAGAUAGAAACAGACCGUACGACGGGAUGGCCUACAAAGCUGCUUCUCACCACACUAUCUACAAGUCGGACACCAGACCCCGUCCAGCCAUCAAUGACUCCUACAAGGCCCAGAGUAUGGAGGGAAGGCAGUCCAACCAGAGAUUUGACUACGUGUAG